CUGGCCAUGAGGCCGGCCGGCCCGAGGCUCGGCUCGUAAGCGGAGCAUCAGCCGGCGCUCCCCGUUCGCGCGUCCUGCGGCAGCCAGAGGCGAUGGAGAAGGCCGUCCCGGCGGGGCGCUGAUCUCCGCGCCGCGCCCGCGCGCACACGCCCCCCGCCGCCGCCGCGCGCCCGCCGCAACCCCCGCCCCGCCCUGGUCCCACCACCAUGACCGGCUCCGCGGCCGACACUCACCGCUGCCCCCACCCCAAAGGCGCCAAAGGCACCCGGUCCCGGAGCAGCCACGCGCGGCCCGUGAGCCUCGCCACCAGCGGGGGCUCGGAGGAGGAGGACAAAGACGGCGGGGUGCUGUUUCACGUUAACAAGAGCGGCUUCCCCAUCGACAGCCACACCUGGGAGCGCAUGUGGAUGCACGUGGCCAAGGUGCACCCCAAGGGGGGAGAAAUGGUGGGCGCCAUCAGGAACGCCACCUUCUUGGCAAAGCCUUCAGUGCCCCAGGUUCCAAACUACAGGCUGUCGAUGACGAUCCCAGACUGGCUCCAAGCAAUCCAGAACUACAUGAAGACACUACAAUACAAUCAUACAGGGACCCAGUUCUUUGAAAUUAGGAAAAUGAGACCGCUGAGUGGGUUAAUGGAAACAGCGAAAGAAAUGACUCGGGAGUCCUUGCCUAUCAAAUGCCUUGAAGCUGUCAUCCUGGGCAUAUACUUAACCAAUGGACAGCCUUCCAUCGAGCGAUUCCCCAUCAGCUUUAAAACCUACUUCUCAGGAAACUACUUCCACCAUGUUGUGCUGGGGAUUUAUUGCAAUGGUCGCUAUGGCUCCCUGGGCAUGAGCCGAAGGGCUGAGCUGAUGGACAAGCCAUUGACCUUUCGGACUUUGAGUGACCUCAUCUUUGACUUUGAAGACUCCUACAAGAAGUACCUUCACACAGUCAAGAAGGUCAAGAUUGGGCUGUAUGUCCCCCAUGAGCCUCAUAGCUUUCAGCCCAUUGAGUGGAAGCAGCUGGUCCUCAAUGUCUCAAAGAUGUUGAGGGCUGACAUAAGGAAGGAGCUGGAGAAAUAUGCCAGGGACAUGAGAAUGAAGAUCCUGAAACCUGCAAGUGCCCAUUCUCCAACCCAAGUGAGAAGUCGGGGGAAAUCUCUGUCCCCCAGGAGAAGACAGGCAAGCCCCCCACGACGGCUCGGCAGGAGAGACAAGUCGCCUGCACUGCCUGAGAAGAAGGUGGCCGAGCUCAGCACGCUGAAUGAAGUGGGCUACCAAAUCCGAAUUUAGGCAAGCCAUAUCAGCCAGCAAGGGGCUUCUGUGGUGCUUCUGUCUGCACUUUACCCCCAGCAUGUUCAGGAGGAACUGCAACUAUUUAUUGAGAACCUGUGAAUUUUAUUUUUACGGAUUCACUUGGAGUAGCAGCGGAGUGGGUGGCAACAAUGAACCGAAAAAAUUCACGAAGGGGCAACCGUGGAACGGCUGAAGUGAGAAAGCCCACUGCGGAUGGACUGACUCCCUCACUGCAGAUAGAAAGGGUAAUACCAUCAACUGUAGUUUUAUAUUUUCCCAUUUACCUGUUUUUGUUUACUUGCUUUUGAACAUUACGCCUCACCGGUAGGAAAUGUUAAUGAAACCUCCCUCCUACUUUUGAUAUAGUAAGGUAACUCAGUCAGUAUUAAUGUCUUUUUCAGCAAUAACAGAGGCAAAGAUUGGUGGGAUUUUUUUUUAAGCACUCAAUAUUACCUCAGCAUCUUGACAUCAGAUAUGCAAACUUAAUGGUGUUUUCAUUUUUUUAAUAUUCUAUUUGUAUUGUUUCCCCAGUAUUUCCAAUGGGGAAUCUCCACAAAGUCUGGAAUUUUUUCCUGGUGCACACAUCAUGAGACUUAAGGUAUUAUAUCAAGUGUUUUACUAAAAAGCACUGAAAUUCUUCUGGCAGUACGGGAAACUAUUUUCAGGACGCUGGAGCUACUUUCUUAAUCUUUCUUAAAGCAUUCACGGACAGCAGUUUCUGUUCUUUCAAAACAAAACAAAAAGCACGUGCAGAAGGUAGUCUAUGUUCUGUCACUGCAUUUAAACUUUGCCAAUUCCAGCAAAAAAAAAA